CAAAACCGGCAGCUCAACUGCCGGCGGCGACCUUUCCCGUAGUUCACCCCCAGCACCGGUCUACACCAGCGAGGCCAGCCGAUCCAGCCCAGCCGGACCUACCUGUCGACUUGCCAGAGGCGAACCCCGACCUGAACCAGGCCGUGAUGGAAUCGCCCCCCACAACUCCACAGACUUCAGCUCCUGGGACUCCAGCGUUGCCACCUACACCUAGGAAGGGUGCCGCCGUAGAGUCCCAGGCCCGUCUUGUGGCCGUUGGAAAGCGGAAAGCGAUUGCGUCCCCAGGCGACCAACCAGUCAAGCCAAGCCCGCCGACACCGCCUACAGCUCCAGCAGAAGAUCCGCCCUCUGGACAGCCUUGGUCACUCCAGGCCGGCAAGUUACCAACUCGCUACUCCAGGCUCGUCAAGACGAACAUUGGGGAUGUACGUCGACUACUCUGCGAACCCAGACAGGAAACAUACGAACCUCUGCCAAUAACCGAUGGAGAAUACACGGUGCGCAGGAUUACGAUGCAGGAUGGGCGUGGGAUUUGCCUCACCGUCCGCCGGAGGGGACCUUUUCACCAAGGACUGCUACUCGAUGAAAUGGACAACCCGACCAUCCACCGCGUCAUAAAGACCGUUGCCGGGGAAGACUACCGUCCUAUCACCGAACUCAUAGCAGAGUCCACAUACCGGCAAGCCCUCCACCAUCUCGAUGCAUCCCUGUUCAUCGCUUCUCCUUGACGACAUCCCCGCUACCAACCUCCUUUACCUUCUUAAAGACUACUGCAGUGCUGUCCAUGUUGUUACAUGUAAUGCCAGCAUUAAAAACAGACCAAAGAGGACGAAGCUUCCUUAUUACCUUCUUGAAGAAUGACAACGACACUCUAGAAAACCUAAUCACCAUAACGUCAGAAUAUGACGCCACUGUGUACGUACAAAUGUCCAACACGAAAACACAGGAGUAUCAGAUAGAAUCUUUGGGGACUGCUCAUAUAUCUUUCCCCCAUUCUGCAGCUACGGUAACGUCGGAUAUACAGGUUGACGGAAACACAGCCUUCAUUGUCGCAUCGACCAAUGUGUUCGUGUACGGUUACGCCAUAGGAACAAGCUCUAUUGGUGGGUUCUUGGCUCUUCCGGUGGAAGGUCUUGGAAUGAGAUACCUGACUGUAGCUAAAAGUGACGGAGGUCAGCUUGCAGUGGCCGCCACGGAAGACGAUACUCAGGUUAGUAUUGUAAUGAAACUCAACGGCAAUGCCGAAUGUGGAAAUAUGACGCUAAACGAUGGUCAGGAGUUGAAAUUCAAACUGAAGAAACGCGAGGCCCUGCACAUGGCUUGCAACACGGACACCUCUGGAACUUUAGUUCGGGCCGACAAGCCGGUAGCUGUGUUUACCGGAAGCAGGUUCAGCGAAGACAUUGAGAUGGUGCCGCCCAUCCAGUCUCUUGGUAUGGAGUAUAUCCUCUAUCCCAUCCUGGGUAGAAAUGCGGAGACAGUAUACAGAAUACUGGCAGCAGAAGACAACACUGUGGUGACUAGUUCCAAAUGGACCUACAAACUUGGGAGUCGGGAUUUUAUAGACAUCACCCUCCGGGAAUCGGACUACACGUGUUUCCGGAGUACGAAACCCGUCAUGGUGGCCCAGUUUACCAAAAAUGGGAAUGGACAGAUUAUGAGUAUCCUCCCGAGCACGGACCACUUUGCGGCAGCCUACGUCAUGGAUACGACGGUGGGUGGGUACUACAGGAACGUGACCCCCUACGUCACUGCCGUCAUUCCCAAGACCACUCACCUGGUGUUCAUGCCGCCUUCAGCCGUGCACGUCAUAGACGAAUGCCAAUACAGAGUUGGAACUGUGGAAAUAGGCAGUGGCAUCAAUACGUUGUCUCAGGCUGACGGAUCUCCUUUUGGUAUCAUGGCUUACGGAUUUGGUGAUGGCGAAAUGUACAGUUUUCCUGCUGGAUUAACAUUUAAGUCAUCAGAUACACAAGAGUGUGCGAACGUAACCUGCGAAAACAAUGGACUUUGCUAUGAAACCCGAGGUUCCUAUGAAUGCUUCUGUGCAAAAGACUUCGAUGGUCAGCACUGUGAAUUUAAUAUAAGCAAUGCGGAGGAAUCUCCCACAUCAGAACUACCAACAACGAAGACCCUCACAACCGACACGCUGCUGGCCAACGAGUCGCCCACGACUGAUCUUUCGGAAUCCUCCACAGCGGACCGGACUCCCAACUGCCAGUGCAAGUGUGCCAACAUCACCUGGGAGGAGGUGUACGAGCAAGUGGAGGAGGUGAAGAAGGAGCUAACCGUCGACAAGAAGCUGCUGUCGAAGCAGAAGAGGAAGAAGGUCACCGUGGAGGACACGCGGCCAGCGUCGACCGGCGUCGGUUACGUCGGGGCCGCGUUCCUUGUCGUGGUAUUUGGGUCGAUCCUGGUGAUCGACUUGAUGUCUGCGGGGCGAUAUAUUCUCGGGAGGAUCGACAAGUCGCGCAGAGCCAGACAAAACCGUGAUGGAUGCGGCGUCAGUCACAGGCGGAAACACCUGCUGCACGUGCAGCCAGAAGGGAUAGUUCUGCACAUGAUGGAUCAGAAAUCGAGAAAGAUUCUGUCUCGCAGACGGGUCCCGUCAGUGGGAAGUUGAGAUUCCACUACAGACUUACCGACUGUCUUUAGAUACGAGUCUUUAAGAUUCGUAUGAUACCAAUCUGACUAUUCUGUAGUAGAUUUUAUGAUGGUGAUGAUGAUUUUGUUGAUGACAAUGAUGAUGGUGGUGCUGGUGUUUUUCUGUUUUGGUGAGGCUAUACAUAAACCAUGAAUAUUC